AUGCCUCAGCUUAACGGACAAGAAGUUGGCCAGAUCGGCUAUGGCCUUAUGGGCCUUACCUGGCGCCCGCAGCCCUGUUCCGAAGAGCAAGCCUUCGAGGCCAUGCGUGCUGCACUCAAGAACGGCUGUAAUUUUUGGAACGGCGGAGAAUUUUACGGAACGCCAGAGUACAACAGCAGCGUUUUACUCGAGCGCUACUUUGCCAAAUAUCCCGAGGACGCCGACAAGGUCGUGCUCAGCAUGAAGGGCGGUCUCCGCCCGGGCCUGCGCCCUGACGGCUCCCCAGAGGGCAUCCGUCGCUCCCUUGACAACAUCAUCGGGCAGCUCAAAGGCCGCAAGAAGGUUGAUAUCUUCGAGUGCGCGCGCCGUGACAAGGACACGCCCCUGGAGGUCACUUUCGGCGUCAUCCAGAAGGAGUACAUUGACACGGGUAAGGUCGGCGGCAUCUGCCUCUCCGAAGUCUCGGCCGCAACUAUUCACGAGGCCGUCAAGCACGCAAAGAUUGUCGGUGUUGAGGUGGAGCUCAGUCUCUUCUCGACGGAAAUCCUCAACAACGGAGUCGCCACGGCGUGUGCUCAGUACGGCAUCCCAAUCAUCGCCUACUCGCCUGUCGGCCGCGGCAUGCUCACCGGCCAGAUCAAGACGCUGGACGACAUUCCCCAAGAAGACAUACGCCGUCACCUGCCGCGUUUCCAACCUGACACGUUCAGCAUCAACAUUAAGCUCGCUGAACAAGUGGAGGAGCUGGCGAGGAAGAAGGGAGUCACACCAGCGCAGCUGGCCAUUGGAUGGGUGAUGGCGCUGUCGAGGCGGCCCGGCAUGCCGGAAAUCAUUCCGAUUCCUGGUGCUACGACGGCAGAGAGAGUCAAUGAGAACGCCAAGUUGGUUAAGCUUACUGACGAGGAGAUGAGCGAGAUCGACGCAACAUUGGCCAAGUUCGAAGUCGUGGGUGGUCGCUAUCCCGACGGUGCCCCUGUCAACACAUAA